UUCUCUCUCCCACCUUUCAUCAUCACAUUCUCUCUCUCUCUCUCUCUCUCCCUGUUUACGCUUCACUCUCAAAUUCCAUCUCUUUAAAUUUCUGGGUUUUCAUUCAAUUCAAGCAAUUCUUCAACUUUACGAUUUCAUCUGUGAUUUCUCCAAUUGGGUGAUUCCAAUUUACAUGUUUUGUUGAGAAAAUGCCGUCAACAGAUUACAUGACUUCAUUCUCAAACUUAAUGAGCACUCGACGAGAUCAUCAAAUCCACUCAAUGGAAUCAUCAAAACAAGAAAUCGAACUAGAUGCAUUUCAGAAACAAGUCGCCAAUCGAUUUCACCAGCUUUUAUCCGUCGAUUCAAACGAACUUCUCUCUCUAUCAUGGAUAACAAAACUCCUCGAUGUAUUCCUCUGUUGCCAAGAAGAAUUCCGUAUGAUCAUGUUUAAUCACAAAGGAUUCAUGAACAGAGCUCCAAUGGAUCGAUUAGUUUCAGAAUAUUACGAAAGAAGUGUAAAAGCUCUCGAUGUCUGUAACGCAAUCAGAGACGGAAUCGAACAGAUCCGUCAAUGGAAUCGUCAAUUAGAAAUCGUAUUAUCAGCUCUAGACAGUAAAAGGAAUAGUAUUGGUGAAGCCCAAAUCCGUCGUGCAAAGAAAUCCUUAUCUGAUUUAACAAUCGGAAUGUUCGAAAACAAAGAUACCGCCGCCGCCGCCGCCGCGGCAAACAGAAACCGAUCAUUCGGUCGGAACAGUCAUCAUCAUCAGAAAGACAAUAAUAAACCCAUGAAUCAUUUCCGAUCACUGUCGUGGAGUGUGUCAAGAUCCUGGUCGGCGGCAAGACAACUCCUGGCUCUUAACAACAACUUAACCCCGCCGAGAACAAACGAGAUCAUUGCCUCCGGCGGACUUGCGGUGGCGGUUUACAUAAUGAGUUAUGUUUUAUUCUUCGUGAUGUGGGCUUUAGUGGCGGCAAUUCCUUGUCAAGACAGGGGAAUUCAGGUGAAUUUCAACAUUCCACGGCAAUGGGUUUGGGGAGGUCCGAUUAUGGCACUUCAUGAUUUGAUUUUGGAGGAAUCAAGGCGGAGGGAAAGGAGAAACAGUUGUGGGUUAUUGAAGGAACUUGAGAGGAUUGAGAAAUGUGGGCGGGGGAUGAAUGAAUGGAUCGAAUCAUCGGUUGAGUUUCCGAUGAGGAAAGAAAAGGAGAUGGAGAUUAGAGAAAGGGUUGAAGAAUUGGGAAUGGUUUUUGGAGAGGUUAGAGAUGGAUUGGGUCCUUUGGAAUUGCAAAUUAAACAGGUUUUUCAUAGGAUUGUUCGGAGCAGGACUGAGGGACUUGAUUCUGUUGUCAGAGGAAAUUCUGACGAGUAAAUUUGUUUUUACUGGAUGAUGGUUUGGUAAAAUUUGUGUAUUUACUGUGAGGGGGUUAAAAGAAAAGGAAAAGUUUUGGGUUUUUUUAGUUUGGGACUUGUAAAUUUAUUUGGUUAUCUGUCAUUUUGACAUGUAUGACUUGUCUUCGCCUGGCUAUAUUAGUUGAUAAUAAAACUUUAUUUGAAUCUAA